GUGCGAACGGUUGAGUCGGCUCAGCAGACGGAGGAGGCAGUUAAGAGACAGCGGUUUUCCUCUUCAGGUUCGAAAGGGCGGGAAUGAGUCCGGUGAAGGCUUCGGUUUCAGAUAAGCUGUCGCUCCAAAAAUAGGUACAGGCGAGCGGCCGGAAGUCCAAACAAGGUUGGCCGCAUGUGGCAGCAAGGUCGACAAUGCGGUUCAGUCCGUUCAGUCAGUAGAGCCAGGGGUGAGCUGAACAGAAGUGGAGUACAUGCAGGUACAUGCAGGUAUAUACAUGCAGGUGGUAGUUUGGGAAGGGUGGGAAUGUGGGUGGGAAGGUCUGGGGCGAGCGGUGCCCUCUCUGCCGUCAUCACUUUGCGGACGAGGGCCAAAGACUCCAAAGAGGCCAAACCGCUCGCGUGUAUCAAAGCAACGAGAAGCAAGGCAAGGAGACGCAAGGAGACGCAAGGAGCAUCCCCAUGGCAAGCUCCCCUCACUUUACCUACCCAGCACUGUACUGGGACUCUGCAACUUCCGCCUAUCCGUCCGUCGGCCCCCAAAGUCACCAUGUCUCAGUCUUCUCACUCGCACUCCGCUCCACACCAUCACUCCUCCCAGCCCAUCACAACACCCGCACAAAACCCUCCUCAGACCAAGCCAGAGGCUCCCCCCGCCCCCUCCCCACAACAACAGGCAGCCACCACCACCCUCCCACCCACCAUCCCCGCCGCCCUCCAAAACGUCGACUACAACUUCAACUGGGAACGCCACGCAGACGACCCAACCCACGACCCAUUCCUCGCCUCUUACUUCAACGUCGACCAGGCGUCGGUGGCGAAGAACCGCUGGAUCUUCCUCUUCAAGCUCGCUGCCAUCAUAACCGCGGACAAGACAAACGGGCGGCCUGGACCCCCAGCGCCUUUGGAGUGGGAUCGGAUCGUGGGGCAUAGCGAUUGGUGAAGAGGGAAAAAGAGCAAUCAAAUGGAGAGAACUUACUGUAUAUACAGUAUUUCGUUCGUUGAUGUUGGCAAGUCUCAGUGAGACAUCGAGUUACACCGACAGAAAUAGAUCCUACGGUGGUUGCGAGACGCUCAUCCCAUAUGCAGGGGUGUUUCGCAACCACCCCAGGCUCGCUUCAAUCAUUAAUCGUUGCAGACAAAUGGAUGUUCAGUUUCAAAAA